CGGGUGACGGGGCGCGCGCGCUGCGUGGGACGGCAGAGACUCUUUUGGCGCGGAUCUCUGAGCACUUUGGCGCUGAGAUGAACCCUGAAGCGGAUUACGGGAGCGCGAGCGGCGGCGGGAACGGAAAACUGCGCCAGUGGCUGAUCGAGCAGGUGGACUGCGGGAAAUAUCCCGGCCUGGUUUGGGAGAACGACGACAAAACCAUCUUCAGGAUUCCCUGGAAGCACGCCGGGAAGCAGGACUACAACCGGGACGAGGACGCGGCGCUCUUUAAGGCCUGGGCCCUUUUCAAGGGCAAAUUUCGGGAAGGAAUCGACAAGCCAGACCCGCCAACUUGGAAGACGCGGCUCCGCUGUGCCCUCAACAAAAGUAAUGACUUUGAGGAACUUGUAGAACGAAGUCAGCUGGACAUCUCGGACCCGUAUAAAGUGUACCGCAUCAUCCCCGAGGGCACCAAGAAAAGGCCCAGACAGGACGACAGUCCUUUGAGUCCGAUGAGCUUCCAGGUGCACUCGCCGUACCCUGCCCUGCAGACUCAGAUGCCUCAGUACCUCUCAACCCCUGAAUGCGGCUGGAGAGACUAUUUCCAGGAUCAGGCGUCUUUGCCCGAGCUGCCGUUCCCUCAGUAUCCGACACGCAGUUUGCCGUGGCAGGGCCCGCCCAUGGAGAACGGGUACCAGAUCAAAGCUUCGAUUUACUCGUACGCACCUGCUGACUGCCAGCAUUCAUCUUUCACAUUCGACACCAGCAUGAGAUCUGCAGAAGCCCUCUCAGAUUUCCGCAUGCAUGUAUCCGUGUAUUUCCGGGACUCUCUGGUGCGCGAGGUGACCACGUCCAGCCCAGAGGGAUGUCACAUCACUCCGUGCUCCCCAGAGGAGAAGCACUAUCUGCCCCCUGGCGGUCCCGAGCUGGUGCCUCUGCCACUGGAGGCAGUCACGGCCCAGAGGAGGGUGGAGGAUUGCUCGCCCAGUUCGCCAUCCUCCCUGGAGAGGGGCGUGCUCCUGUGGAUGGCGCCUGACGGACUCUACGCCCGGAGGCUGUGUCACAGCAGAGUGUACUGGCAGGGAGGACUGUUGCCGUAUGGAGACAAACCCAAUAAGCUGGAGAGAGAGGUCACCUGUAAAGUCCUCCACACGCAGGAUUACCUCACAGAAAUCCAGAGUUACGGACGGCCGCUACCUCGCUUUCAGGUCCUGCUGAGUUUCGGAGACGAGUGUUUGGACCCGCAGAGACAAAGGAGGAUGCUCACUGUCCAGGUGGAGCCGUUGCUCGGCAGACAGUUCCUGUACUACGCCCAGCAAACAAGCGGCCAUUACUACCGUGGCUAUGAGCACCCGGCAGUCACGGACCACUUAAACGUCUCUGAGGACUACCAGAAGGCCAUCACAAAUCACCACAGCAACAGCCUGCAGGAAUGAAUGCCACAGGUUCAAGGGACAGCAAAGAACUCAAAUUGACCAGGAAACCCUGCAGAGCGCUGACGUCCAGGAAGGCAGAAACCAAAGAAACUCCAGUGGAGAGUGAUGACGUUUAUUCAGACUGUUUCUCUGCUUACUGCCAUCAACAGCAAGCUAUGAUGUCAUAGAGGCCACUGCCGGACAAAGAAGCCAACAUGCUCCCUUCAUGGGGUCGGUAAGGUCGACACCUUACUUGCACUGUAUAAAUAAAUGAACUGAACCUUGAAUUUGUAAUAUUGCAAAGUAAAGUUCAGUUAUGAAAAAUAAGACUAAUAAGAGAGUUAAGCCAAAAUGUAAGAAAUCUGGAGAAUUAGAAGACUUUAUUAAUCCCCAAGGAAACUGCCUCAGAAAAUGGAUGUUUCAAGGAUGAAGUCAUGAGUUAUGACAGUGUUAUUAUGUAAUGUACAUUUUUUUUUAAUAUUCCUGCAAUGAGUGUUAAAUAUCACCCUCUCUACAUCAGUCUAGUAACUUCUUUAGAACAGUUUGUUGGAUUUUAAUCAAUGUUCACAGAGUUUUAUCACAACAUAUGAAGAUAUGCUUCAAGGAAAAUAACUUCAGUCCAACAUCUCAGAGAAGACACAAUUGGACUUUUGGUUCAGUGGUGUGCGAUACUACAAAAUUUGGUAUCAAUCCAAUCCCAAGUAUAUACAGGGUCAGUAUCGCUGAUACCAGCACAAUACCUUCUAAAAUCAGCUCAUGUACUUUGAUAGGGGAGAGCAGUGUGUCAUGACUUACGAGGUGAACACAUCAUCAAUAUGCUCAAUCCGAAAACAUUUUCAUGACUAUUAAAUGAUUGUGAUUUUUGCUUUCUACUGCAGAUAAAAAUUCUUAUUUUUUAUUACUAUUAUGGACACGAUUUUCAACCAUGAAAUAUGCAUAAUAUUACACAAGAAUUAUUUAAUUUUUUUUUUCAAGAUAGAGAUUUUUGUUCAGAAACAAUAUUACAAAAUGUCUCCCAAACAAAAUACAGCCGAGCCAAGGAGGAGGAGCUAAGUGUACAUACAAGACAGGAAAGGAGUGGUGUUUUUGAUGAAAUGGGAGCAAUGUACUUAGUGUAGGGGAAAGAAACUGAAAAGUAAAGUAUCGAACACAUCAGGAUAGUAUCGAUGUGAUACCAGUAUCAAUCUUAGUAUUGAUACUACAGACAUUUGGAUCAAUCUGCAUGCCCCUACUUCGGUUCGUUCCUUUUUAUUUGUUGUUUUAAAGUGCAUCACCCUGAUCUGUGUUCCAAGUCUUCUUAUUUACGGGUACGGAUUGGACCAUGUUUGACAUUUUUGCUUUAAUCUCCUGUGAGGGAUGGAGUAGAAACCUAACUUCAUUGCGUCUGCUUGUUGGUUUGUUCCCUUAGUCCUCCCUGGCAGGUCCUUUAGUAAAUUUAGGUCAAACUCGGUAUGUGGAUGAAGGGCGACCCCAGAAUUAGAGUAUGUAAGCGGGUUUUAGAAUUGUCCAGGGGAGGUCAAAUUUGCCAAAAGUCAAUCACUGGAUCAAGGUCAGUGGGUGGUCUUUGAGUCUUUGACUAGUUUCUAUCAAACUUGCUGUGCAGAUUUGGUCAACCCUGGAAUUGUCCUGAAACGGUUAGUUUUGGCAAAGACCAAGACUAUAGGACUCAUUAUCAAGGAAUUUGGUUUUCCCUACAAUCUGGACCAAAUAUGUAUGUAAUUGGAUCUCAGAAAUGCCCUGACAAGGUCAGUCAAAGGUCAAUCAUUUAGGUCAAGGCCAAGGUCUCUGUAGGUCAAAUUUCAGACUUGUACAAGGUGCUAAAUUGUGUUGUUUUCCUGUAAAUUCUAUCCUAAUCAAGGUCAACACAUCCUUACUGAUGCUAUACAUACCUUAAUUAUCCAUCAUAGGCCUUAGCAUAGUCAUAGUUAUCGCAACAGCAUCAGAUCCACAAAUCUAUUCCAUAGUAAAUAGAACUGCCACAAAUCCUAGAAUUUAUCAGUGAUCCUGUGAUGUUAUGUGCACAUUUUCCCCCCUCUCAGGGACUUACUGUUAUGUUUGAAGUUUGUGUUUUUGUUUAAGAUGACUGAAAAUAAUUUGAAUCCUGUUUCGGCCCAACCAAUAUGGAUUUUUUUUGGGGGAGCCGAUAUUGAUUGAUAUCAGGGAAUAAAACUUUUAAUACUGGCAUAUCUGCCAAUAUAUACCUUAACAUGGCAAUAAUACCUAACAUUUAAUUCAUUAUACAGUUUAAAAAUUCACUUUGUUUCAAUUAUAACCAACAACCAACCAACAUUCUCCACGCUGCUUUCCCUCAGACUACCAGUUACCGUGUCUCAUCAAUCAGCAUUUACAUAAAAUAGACUGACAACUGGUCAUAUUCCCUUUGUCUCUUACAGCUAAUGUCACCAAGGGGUGACUGGGUCCCAGCCAUGCUUCACAGUACUGUAAUGACACCAUGACAACAUUUCCAACAGCCAAAUUGUUUGUCUGCAUUGUUUAUUUGGUAAAAGCUUUCAAAUCUGCAAACGUAACACCAAUAUGUUCGUGAAAGGUUCAAAUCGGUCAAUAUAUCAGUUGGGCUCCACUCCUGGUGAUUUGUUAAAGCCGAUCGUAGAAAAGCAGACGUGACUUCAUUAAUGCGUUCGACAACAUGAACGCAGCUUUGGUGACAUUUUCCAGAGCAGAACUGAUCACAGAGUCAAUGCAUUUUAAGAAAUAAAUCAAAUAAUAAUAAAAUUUCACAAACGCAUUUCAGCUUUCUGGCCUGCAAAAAAAACACAGGGCGGGACUUAGCUUCUUCAUGAAUUUUCAGGGAAUCAAACAUUUUCAUACAGACUAUGCAAACUAAACUGACAGCUGAUGUGAUUGUACUAUAU